AUGCCAGAGGAGGAACAGCGAGAGAAACUAUCCCGAGUGAUCCGGCAGUGGAACAACAACAGACUGGACCUGUUCGAGAUCACUGCCCCUGAUCAGAAUUUUGAGUUUCAUGGCGUGAUGCGUUUCUACCUGGAGGACGGAGUCUCAGGAAACGUGGCGACGAAGUGUCUGCGGGUCAGCAGCAGCUGGAAAACUCUGGAAGUCAUCGACACUCUGUCAGAGAAAUUCCGACCUGACAUGAAGAUGCUGACAACGAGCUAUUCUCUGUUCGAGAUCCACGCCAACAAAGAGCGUAAACUGGAACUGGAUGACAGUCCGUUGGUCGUUCAGCUGAACUGGAACAGAGACAACAGAGAGGGACGCUUCGUGCUCAAAAAAGACCGGAAAAGUUUGGAGGAGAAGAGUCUGGAGAAGGAGAAAGGAGGUGUGAUGCAGAGCUUCAAGAGGACGCUGUCCAGGAAAGACAAGAAGAAAGACAAGAACAGAAAUAAAGAAACGGAGGAGAAGAGGUCCACGGAGAAUCUGCUGAACAACAACAGCAUUUAUGUUUCUGACUACGAGACAAAAAAGAGCGGCGGCCUCGGAGGAAAGCACAAAGACAAUCCACAUUUGUCGGAUGAUCCUGCAUUACCGAUUGGAGUUACAUUCAGUGAAUCCUCGGAGCACGGCUUCCUGUCUGCGGUGAUAAACUACACCAACAGCUCCACGGUUCACUUCCAUCUCUCGCCGGCGUUCAUCCUGUACGCCGCCGCUCGAUCCGCUCUGAAGACACAGCGAGCCACGGAGAUCACUAACAAGAUGGCCGCCAUGACAGGGAGGGUCAUACAGAGGCAGCAGGGGAUCGCCGGCGCUCUCUCCUUCUGGAUGGCCAACACCUCUGAGCUGCUGAACUUCCUGAAACACGACAAAGACCUCGGACCAAUCACAGAGCAGAGCCAGCUCAACCUGUCCCACCUGGUGCACACAGCAUACAGCGGCCUGCUGCAGUGUCUGCAGAGCGAGUUAAAGAAACACCUGCCGACGUUUCUGAUCGAUCCGGAGCAGCACGGAGCUCUGCCUGCUGGGAUAGAGUUGGUUCUGAACACCCUGAUGAACGGCAUGUCUCUGCUGCGGCGCUGCAGGGUUAACCCCGCCCUCACCAUCCAGCUCUUCUCGCAGCUCUUCCACUUCAUCAGCUGCUGGCUCUUUAACCAGCUGAUGGUCCCAGAGCCCGGGGCCCCCGGCCUGCGCUCUCACUACUGGGGGGCCGCUCUGCGUCAGAGGCUGAGCGCCAUCGAGGGCUGGGCGGAGAGGCAGGGCCUGGAGCUGGCUGCUGACUGCCACCUGGGACACAUCCUCCAGGCAACCACGCUCCUGACCAUGAACAAGUACAGCCUGCAGGACGUGAAGGUGGUGGUGAACAGCUGCUUCAGACUCAACUCUCUGCAGCUGCACACCUUACUGUCAGGAUACCUGUACGCCAACAACGAGCCCCACAUCCCCCCCGAGGUGGUGGAAGCCGUGGUGUUGCUGUCUGGGUCCACAGCGGAUCAGCUGAUCCUGAGCGAGGGUCGGGAGGUGUUUCUGCAGGAGAGUCUGGACCUGCAGCUGCCCUUCCUGCUGCCUGAGGGGGGGUACAGCUGCUCCUCCAUCACAGGGACCCCUGCUGGGCUGAGGGACUUCCUGGAGCCCAUCUGCAGGAAAGGUCUGUGCUGUUUAACGUCUCAGCCGAACUCCAGAGGAGACUGGACCGUGUUCUUCAGGGAAACGGAUUCCUCUGAAGAGAGCACAUUCAUGGCCGUCCACAGAGAGCCGGAGGUGGAGACGAUCACUCUGAAGAAACCUCUCAACAGCGGGAUGGGGGUCAGCAUCGUGGCUGCUAAGGGAGCGGGCAGGGCAAACCUCGGGAUUUAUAUCAAAUCUAUUGUGAAGGGAGGACCGGCUGAAAUGAACGGCAGGUUGACAGCGGGGGAUCAGCUGCUCAGUGUCGACGGCCACAGUCUGGUUGGACUCAGUCAGGAAAGGGCAGCAGCGAUCAUGAUGCACACCGGCCCCGUGGUGGCGCUACAGGUGGAGAAGUCUGCAGCGAGGCUCCACGGCCUGGAGGCUCUGCUGACAGACACACAGAGGAACACAGGCGAUCAAAGCCAGGCUAAACCCAUGAGCGGAGAGACUGUGCUGCUGCAGGGAGGAAACAGGAGGCGCAGAGAACAGCUGAUGCAGAAAAACAGACAGCUGUUCCGAUCCAACCCAAACAUGACCGAUUUUUCCCCUGAAGAUGAAGCUGUUGUGAGAGGAAACAACAUGGCUGCUGUCUCCAGUGUGAACCUCUGUGCUGCUGAUGCGUAUCACAGGGAGUAUUUGACCCUCCCGACCCCUAAGUCCUCUCAGGAGAAGAAGAGGUCUGACUCCGCUCUGCAAACCUUCACCGUGUCUCUGAAACCUGCAGAGAGCAGCAGGACCUGCAUGCGCCAGGCUCUGUCCCAGGAGAACCUGUGUGUGGACAGGGACAGAGAAAGCGACCGACAGCGCCCCCUGCUGGACGGGAGACAGGCGGCUCUGAGAAACCUCCCCUCCUUCCCUCUGAGGUCCUGUGUUUCCACUGACCUGCUCUCAGAGAGACAGCAGGGGGUCCGCAGCAGCAGCAGCAGUGCCGGCGUCUGGAGGAACCCGUUCCCCCAGAACCCGUUCCCCCAGAACCCGUUCCCCCAGAACCAGACCCCGACUCCCUCCUCUCAGCCGGUCCGCAUCGACAUCCCCCUCCCCCGAACCGUCAGCUCCAGACCUCCUCUCACCUCCUUCCUGCAGGGGAGCAGAGUCAGAGUCAGUGAUGGAAGCCUCCAGAGACCCUCCUCCAAUAAACCCCAGGUCAGCAUCCCCCCCACCAAACACGUCUCCUUCCAGGACCCCCCCGCCUGGAAAAGGGAGGCGCAGGAGAAGCAUGCGUCGCAGCAGCUGAUGCAGCAGCAAGUGCAGGAUCUGCAGGGGAAGGAGCGUCGCAUGGCGGAGGAGAGCGCCCGUCUGACGAGGCUCAGCGUGGAGGCUCAGUUCCAGAAGAGGCUGCAGGAGAGAGAGGAGGAAGACGAGGAGGAGGAAGAGGAGGAAGAGGAGGAGGAGAUGAUGCUGACCUUACAACAGCUGGAGAGGAGGGCACAGAGCAAGCAGCUUUCUGCAGUAACCGCUGAACUGAAAGAGUCUGCAGGGAGUCGUCUCGCCCAGAAGGAACACAAGACAAAGACGGAACAAAAGAGCGCAUCGAGUCGAGACGUUGACAACGUGGCAGCGAAACAGUGA